AGGCAGGGCCGGCGCCAGCCCAGAGCAGCGGCCGCGGGCACUGCCUCGGACUCGCUCUCACUCCACCUGGUGGGAGCGCCCAGACCUGUGUGCGCACGAGCUGCUCCCGGGCGACAUGGUUUCUGCCGUGGCCCCCAGCCUCGUCGUGUCUCUGCUGCUGCUCCUGAGGGCCCUGCCGGCGGCGGCCCACUCCGUGACCCUGCAGGCUGCCUUCCUGGAGGACUCGGGGGGCAGUGGGGAGGCCGAGGGCUCAUCGGCCUCCUCCCCGAGCCUCCCACCGCCUCGGACCCCGGCCCUCAGCCCCACAUCGCUGGGGCCCCAGCCCACGCCCCUGGCGGGCCCCAAGCCCCCCACCAACUUCCUGGACGGGAUCGUGGACUUUUUCCGGCAGUACGUGAUGCUCAUCGCCGUCGUGGGCUCCCUGGCCUUCCUGCUGAUGUUCAUUGUCUGCGCCGCUCUCAUCACCCGCCAGAAGCACAAGGCCUCGGCUUACUACCCCUCCUCCUUCCCCAAGAAGAAGUACGUGGACCAGAGCGACCGGGCCGGGGGCCCCCGCGCCUUCAGCGAAGUCCCCGACAGGGCCCCCGACGGCCGGCCCGAGGAGGCCCUGGAUUCCUCACAGCAGCUCCAGGCUGACAUCCUCGCCGCCACCCAGAACCUCAAGUCUCCCACCAGGGCCACCCCGGGCGCCGGAGACGGAGCCAGGAUGACAGAGGGCCAGUCCGAGGAGGAGCAGGGCAGCCAGGCGGGGGACCAGCCGGCCCAGGCAUGCGGGGACCCAGCGGAGAAACCAGAGGUGCCAGAGGAGCCGUGCUCAGCGGGGGAGGCCGGCGAAGGCCAAGGGGAGCCAGGGGCGGCUCCCUCGUUGGCCCAGGAAGCUGGGGACCCAGCUGGUCCCCUCGAAAGCUCUUGUGCUGGUGGCAGCAUCCCCCCCAGCAUCUAACAGGCCUCCAGGGCUGCCCGCCCUGACUGUCAGACCACCAUCGGUCACCUCCUUGGGCUUGGAAAGGCCCUUGGCCCUUGUUGCCCCCUGACACCCCCUCCUCAGCCUCCCCCCGCCACACAUGCCAGCGUGUCCUGCCCCUCCAGCAGAUAGAGAUGCUGGUCUCUGGUCCACCACAGGAAUCUCAGCAAGUUCCAGAAACGUUUGCCUCCGUGGCCCCAAAGGCCUACAUCCCACAGCUCCUCUGGGGAGGUGGGGACGGGGGUGCAUCCCUGUUCCAGCCACGAGAAAGCGGCCCACGGACAUCAGCUGCGUCAGCAGGGAAACGCAUCACGGGUCCCUCGUGACGGUGCAAAUGUCGCUGCUUUUCCAUGGAGGGAGGAAAAACCCCCAAAUCACUAGUUUUGGAAGAGGUUGAACAGGAGGUGCUGAUGUCCUGGGGUUGGUGCAGUUACAGCCACUGCAGAAGGGGGCCUGAUCAAUCAGGAAACUUCUGCGAGGGGCCCCUCCAGGGCCGUAAACCAGGGUUUCCCAAACUGGGUUGCCUGAGGUACCCUGUGGAAAAAUGCUUUGGCGGUCCGAUGAGUUGGGGAAGCACAGCCACUGCCUCUCUGCCCCCGCAGCUCCCCAGCUCCCCAGGGCUCUGACAAGUGCUACAUUAAGGCCCCUGGGGACUCUGGGUCCCCUCAGCCUUUCUCCAACUGCUUUUGACUGUGGAGUUCAUUUUUGUUGUUUCCAGCUACAGAGUAACGUCCUGCAGAGCACACUCUGGAAAUUACUGCUCUAAGUGUUCCCGGCGGUGCCCUCCGUUUCUGACUGUUCCAGGGUCAGGAGUAUGGGGGCUCGGGCCCCCUCAAGGGCCGCCUCUCAUCCCACUACUGCUUUCUUGGCAGGACCCCCAGCAGCCUGGAAGCCUGGGGGCUGCGUGUGAGGGGAUCCCCUCUGGGGAGUCUGGGUGAGGGGAGGGUUUCCGACACCCAGCCCGGAGCAGGGGGGCCCGGCCCCCGCCCUGUGCUCGCACGUGUGGUCUGGCAGCCUGUGCCCCCCGCAUUCUUUCGUCCUCGACAAGGGAGCCUGAGCUCCGUCCUGAUCUGGGGAGGCUCUGGGGGGGGCCUCUUCCCCAUCCCUCCGUCCGGGGCCCCCCAACCUCUGCACGACUCUCCAGGUGCUGAGAUGUAACAGACCAGCACAAUAAACCUUUCUUCUG